AUGCCAGCCUCUCUGAAAUACACUGAGCAUCAUUAUGCUUCCGAUAAUGAGCUCCAGAAGCUCGGUGUUUGGGAGUUCCCUGCUACUGCUGACGACGCAGACAAAUACUGGGUGAUCUAUAUUCAUGGCGGUGCUUGGCGCGACCCCCGGAAGACGUACCAGGACUUCGGGACCUCGAUCCAGGAAAUCCUCAAGGCUUCCUCUGUUCCCAAGUCCGAGAUUCGUGGUUUCGUCGGCAUCGACUACCGCCUUUCCCCGCAUCCUCUUUUCCCUCAAGACCCCGCCGUCACUGCGCCGGCGGAGCUCCGCUGCGCUCAGCAUCCUGACCACCUCCAGGAUAUCUGGUUGGCCUUGAGCUUCCUGCAACGCCAGUACAAAAUCAAGGAUCGUUAUAUCCUUAUCGGUCACUCCGCCGGUGCCACCCUCGCCCUCCAACUGCCGAUGGGAUCCGCUGCCCUCGGCUCGGCCCCGCCACCGGAGGUGCAACUGCCGGCAGCCUUCGUCGGUGUGUCUGGCAUCUAUGAGCUUGUUGACUUCAACGCCCGUCACGGCGAGAACUACACCCAGUUCAUUGCCGGCGCAUUUGGAAACGACCAAACCGCCUGGAACAAGGUCAUGCCGGCCACCUUUUCGGGGAGCUUCAAGGAAGCCUUACCUGCGCAGAGGCUCAUCAUGCUAGCCUGGUCUACUGAAGACUCGCUGGUUGACGAGCCUGAGAUUGAGGGCAUGGCCUCGAAGCUGAGGAAGGAUGGUGUCGAGUGCACUGUCAUUAAGAACCUCACCCACGAUCAUGACUUUGUCUGGGAGGACGGCAAGCAGAUUGCGCGGCUGCUGUCAGAGGCUCUCGACUUGCUGAGAAAGAAAUGA